AUUUGUAAACGAUAUACAAAAGGAUAGAGUGGUAAAUAAAGUGUUGUAUGCGUCAUGCUUCGCACUGCGUCGUCGUUAUUUAAAACCAGUCACCCGUGUGAAACACUAAACCUAGUCCAUGUGGAAAAUUGUGUGUUAUUUGUGGCAAAUAUGUGCUUAAACUUGGAUAGUUUUAAACGAAAAAGGACCAAAAAUAUGACCGUAGGCUAGUUAGGAAAUAGAGAAAUUUGGAAAAUGUACUGUUUGAUCACCAGUUGAUGGAUAUUUUAAACAGAACUUCUGUGAAAAUGAUUAAAGUUCUGCAACUUUUCGUCAAAAGGAACUAUCAGCUGAUAUUGGUUGCUAUUGUGUUAUUUGCUGUUCUGUCAAUCAAACUGCCCCCCUCGUCUAGUCAGUAUUACCGCACGCCUGAAGAUCUUUACCGUCAACUGCAGCUGGAACAUUCUCCUUUUAAGGUAGUUUCAGGUGAUACGUCAGAAGAGGUGAAGGACAAUAGACGCUACCAUGUGGCAUUCCUCAAAGUUCACAAGAGCGGAAGUACCACGGCACAAAAUAUUUUUCUAAGGUUUGGAUGGGGGCAAAAUCUUACAUUUGUCCUUCCCCCGGCUCACAAUAUGUUUAGAUACCCAAACAUCAUUAGUCUCCGGGAAUCAUUGCACGCGAAUAAUACACUGCCGCCACCUAGAGGCAAACACUUCGAGAUGUUGUGUAAUCACGUGAUCUACAACCGUGAUGCAUUUCGAAGUUUUAUGCCAAACGACACUUUUUAUGUUGGAAUUCUACGAGAACCAUAUGAAUUCUUUAAAUCUACUUUAAAUUAUUUAAAGCCUGGGUAUUUGUAUAACAAAAUAAAAACGAACAUCCCAGCCUCCGACUAUCUGAAAAAUCCACUUAGAUACGAACCAAAGAGCGCAGUGUUUUCAUUUACGAACAACCGAAUGGCGGUGGAAUUCGGCUGUCCGGAAGACGUCGUGAAAUCAGGUGACAAAAUGAAAAUUGUUGAAUUUGUGAAAAAUGUGGACGACGAUUUUAAUCUAGUCAUAAUUGCUGAGCAAUUUGAAGAGUCUAUUGUUCUAAUGCGUCGGUAUUUACGCUGGUCAACAAAGGAUAUUCUAUAUUUAGAUAAAAAUAUUGCAAAACAUAAAAACGAAACGAAGCUUGUCGGGCCUUAUGACAGACAGAUGUACAAGCGUUGGGCAAAGGUUGAUUAUGCCCUGUACGAACAUUUCUUUAAGAAACUUCGUGAUCAAAUUCGAGAAGAGGGAUACGAUUUCGAUGAUGAAUUGUUACAUUUUAAAGAAAUUCGUAAAAUGACAUCAGAAUUUUGUGGUGGUGACGCAAAGAAAACUGGCGCCAAAUUGGUUGUUCAAAAAUCAAAAUGGAGUAUUGGUUUUGAAGUGACUAGUGAGGAUUGUGACCUUCUUAAAACGCCAGAAAUUCCUUUUGUUCAAAAUAUACGACAAAGGCAAUAUGGUUCGAGAGAUAUCUAGUGGGUAAAACAUGUUAGAACAACAAUUUUUGAUUUUAAGUGAAUCUAAAGUCCGUCCCAUGUUUUUUAAAAUCCAUUGAGAAUAUCUAAAUGUAUUUGUGUAUUUUAUUAGUUUUAAAGAUUUUUACUGGUUAUAUGGUCCAAUAAAAACGGAUGUAAGCUUAGAUGAUCAAGUAUGCUUGGUCACACAGCUGUUUUAUACACGGUCAUUUACUAUAGUAACCUAUUCAAAGUAUUUUCAUUGAAUUUUUAUUCUAACUUUUAUUUCUUUGAUUAAAAUGAAUUAAAAUUGAUGCUGCCGUUCAUAGUCAUGGUCCAAUGGAUAAUCGACGUUACAAACGUGCAGUAAAAUAAAUAAGAAUUUUACAGCAACACUUGCAUGUAUAUUUUUACGCAAACAUUUUAAACAUACAUGUAUUUGUCUU